UUACGUAUCCCUAGUGUGUGUGCCUUUCGAAGGGAAAGUUUAACGUUGACAAAAAUACGCCGCCGUUCGCACGAAAAAUACAAUAAAAUACACUUAAAAUAGAAAUUGUUGCUGUUUUGUGUUGUUUAUAUUCCAAAACAAAUAAAAGUUUAUUGAAAAAACAAAGAAUAUGUUUAAAAAACAACAAGUACAAUAGCGUUCGGGCUAUUUGGCAACAAGUGAAUGAAGAGAUAAAACAAACACACUCACACAUACGAUUUAUUAACGAAAAGAAGAAGAAGAGGAGCAAGAUAUAAUGAAGAUGAUGAUGAUUAAACAAGUAAUUUUAGACAUGUUGCGGCAACCAACCAGCACUCCUCGCUGAUGAUACAACAUUGUUGCUGUAGUAAUUGAGUGCCUUUACGUGCGUCGCCGUCGUCGGGCGAAUGAGUGUGUGCGUGCGUGUGUGUCAGUGUUGUUUAUUUUAUGGAAUUUGACAUAUCGCUCGCCGUCUUCUUCGUGUUUUGUUAGUGUAUUUGAUUAAAUCGUUCUCGCAAUAAUAAUUUUGUUUACUCCGUGGAAAAAGUAGAAUUUUUAGUAGAGAAAAAGGCAAUAAAUUCCAAAAGAAAAAAGCAAAAAACAAAUCAAGAAAAUUUAAGAGAGUGACCGAGCGAAUGACCAGUGGGUUAUAAUUAACGUGUUCUUGUUGUUGUUAUUACACCCAUUUUUUGCUGUUGAAAAAAAAAGAAUUUUGUAGUAUCGUUUGUCAUACAUUCACAACGAUUUCGUGUACUUGGCGGCGGACGGACGGACACAUAUAAUUAACACAGUUCAUUGUGACGCGCUAUAUAAAUACCGUGCGAUCCAACACACCUGCUGGCCACCGGUUAGCUUCCGAUCCCAGUGGAAUAAUUUUGUUUGUUUGCUGAAGAAAUAUGACUACACGUAAAAAGAAAAGCAAAGAUGGUGGCGGAGGCGGUGGGGGCUUUAUCAAAAAAGUAUCCUCCCUCUUUAAUUUGGACACGGUGAAUGGCGAUGAGAGUUGGAUAUAUGAGGACAUUACGUUAGAACGUGGAAAUUCUGGCUUAGGAUUUUCCAUAGCAGGUGGAACCGAUAAUCCACACAUUGGCACCGACUCCUCAAUUUAUAUUACCAAACUAAUACCGGGUGGUGCUGCUGCCGCUGAUGGUCGUUUGGGUGUAAACGACAUCAUUGUCUCGGUGAAUGAUGUCUCGGUGGUGGAUGUGCCGCAUGCCGCCGCGGUGGAAGCUUUGAAAAAGGCCGGCAAUGUAGUCAAACUGCAUGUAAAAAGAAAACGUACCGGUGGCGGUACACUCAUAGAUGAUCCCAGUCAAAUGGCCACGCCAGCUCAUGUUGAGGAUACGGGACCGAAAGUAUUGGAAAUUGAUUUGGUUAAAGGUAAUAAGGGGCUGGGUUUCUCCAUUGCCGGUGGCAUUGGUAAUCAGCAUAUACCAGGAGACAAUGGUAUCUAUGUCACGAAAAUAAUGGAUGGUGGAGCGGCUGCUGUUGAUGGUCGUCUGUCAAUAGGCGAUAAAUUGAUAGCUGUAAAAGCCAAUGGGGUUGAUAAAAAUCUCGAAAAUGUUACCCAUGAGCAGGCGGUGGCCACAUUGAAGUCGGUAGUCGAUAAAGUCACAUUGGUUGUGGGCAAAACUGCACACAGCCUGCCGGCAGCAUCAGCGGCGGGACAUCAUAUUAAUCAAGUGAAUUCGCAUUCAACAGGUGCGAUAAAUACAAUAGGGCAAACAGUUGUUGAUUAUGCUCGCUCAUCUUCCACCACACCAUACACGAACAACAACAACAACACAAACGCUAUGCCAACAGCAACAACAACAGCUACAAUUAACCAUAGCAAUCAGCACCACCACCAUGCAUCUUCCCCAGCCGUUGCUGAGCUAAUUCCAUCAACAUCUCGUUCCCAGUCACCUUUGCCUCAACAACCAGGAUCUAGGUAUGCAUCUUCAAAUGUAUUGGCCACAGUGCCUCCAGGCACGCCACGAGCGGUUAGCACCGAGGACAUAACAAGGGAGCCGCGUACAAUUACCAUUCAAAAAGGACCGCAAGGUUUGGGCUUUAACAUUGUGGGCGGCGAAGAUGGCCAGGGGAUUUAUGUAUCGUUCGUAUUGGCUGGUGGACCAGCCGAUUUGGGUGGUGAACUAAAACGUGGUGAUCAGUUGCUGAGUUGUAACGACAUAGAUUUACGGAAUGCCACCCAUGAAGAAGCCGCCUUAGCAUUAAAGAAAUCUGGUGGUGUUGUUACAUUGCUGGCCCAAUAUCGACCCGAAGACUAUAAUCGUUUUGAAGCUCGCAUUCAAGAACUAAAGCAACAAGCCGCCUUAUCUGCUGGCAGUACCGGCACACUGCUGCGCACAACACAAAAGCGUUCAUUGUAUGUUCGUGCUCUCUUCGACUACGAUCCAAAUCGUGAUGAUGGCCUGCCGUCGCGAGGACUACCAUUUAGACAUGGUGAUAUUCUGCAUGUAACAAAUGCCUCAGAUGAUGAGUGGUGGCAGGCCCGUCGUGUCUUGGGCGAUAACGAGGACGACCAAAUUGGCAUUGUACCAUCGAAACGGCGAUGGGAGCGAAAGAUGAGGGCCCGAGAUCGUAGUGUUAAAUUCCAAGGUCAAGCAGUUAGUGCAAAUAACAAUAUUGAUAAGCAAUCAACACUCGAUAGAAAAAAGAAAAAUUUUACAUUUUCGCGCAAAUUUCCCUUUAUGAAGAGUCGCGAUGAACGCAAUGAAGAUGGCAGUGAUCAAGAGCCUAAUGGAAUUGCCGCCAGUACUAGUGAACUUGAUGUUAAUCAUUUGAACAACAAUGAUUCCACCGAACCUCAGCCUUUUAUGCUAUGCUAUACACAAGAUGAUGCCAAUGCUGAAGGAGGUAACGAAAUCAUCUAUAGAGUGGAACUACCCGAUGCCGAUCAGAUUACCAUGAUCUAUUUGGAAAAUAAAGAUGCUGACUAUACUUCCGACGAGAAUGUCCUGUCGUACGAGGCUGUACAAAGAUUAUCGAUCAGCUAUACGAGACCCGUUAUUAUCUUGGGUCCCCUUAAAGAUCGCAUCAAUGACGAUUUAAUAUCCGAAUAUCCAGAUAAAUUUGGAUCAUGUGUGCCACAUACCACACGUCCCAAACGGGACUAUGAAGUAGAUGGCCGUGAUUAUCAUUUCGUUUCGUCGCGCGAACAAAUGGAACACGAUAUUCAAAAUCAUUUGUUCAUCGAGGCUGGCCAAUACAAUGACAACUUGUAUGGCACAUCGGUGGCGAGUGUACGCGAGGUAGCCGAAAAGGGCAAACAUUGUAUUCUGGAUGUGUCGGGCAAUGCAAUAAAACGGUUACAAGUGGCCCAGCUGUAUCCAAUUGCUAUAUUCAUUAAACCCAAGUCAAUAGAUUCCAUAAUGGAAAUGAAUCGCCGUAUGACUGAAGAACAAGCAAAGAAAACAUAUGAGCGUGCUGUUAAAAUGGAACAAGAAUUUGGUGAAUACUUUACGGGUGUCGUGCAAGGUGAUACCAUCGAAGAGAUCUACAGUAAAGUCAAGUCAAUGAUUUGGUCGCAAUCUGGUCCAACUAUUUGGGUGCCCUCAAAGGAAUCUCUAUGACCAGCCGCUGAGACAACAUGGACACUGCCACCUCGAGUACGUUGCCGACCAGUCUCGAGAUCAACGACAAUUACUACACAGCAACAACCACAACAACAACAGCAGCAGCAACAACAACACAAUAAAACCCAUUAGAAAACCUAACAAAAUGCAUCCUCAAUAAUACUGCAAACCAACAAACAAUCCUAACUCUUUUUAAACUACAUGGGUGGACUGAAAUUCGGUCACACGUUUUUUUGAAUACAAUACUACAUACACUACACAACAAGUCGUCCCUUGUGCAAAACAAAACAGAACCUAUUGCGAUAAACGCACGCAAUAUGCAACAAAAACAAGAACAUUUAUUAUUACUAUUAUUAUGAUUAUUAUUAUUAUGAUUAUCACUAACAUUUAGUUUCCCAAAAUGAAAACUGAAAGAAAAAACUAAAACGUUUUAAACGAUUUAAAUAUUAGCGCAACAAAAGAAAAAAUGAAGAAAACAAAAUAAUAGGACAGGCAAAAACAAAAUCUAUAUCCAAUGCAUUGUAAAAAUGCAUUUGUUGUUAUUUAGUAAAAAAAUAUAUAUUUAAACAAAUAUAAUUUAAAUUAAACAAAAAACUAAUUAGAAGACGAGCUGAAAUGAUGAGAGUAAAGAAGAAGAAAAAAAAAAACAAAUACUAUUUCAUAACGAAAUGCAAAACAAACAAAAAAACUCGAAUACCAUAUUAAAAUUAACCACCACACCACCAGAUGAAGAUGAUGAUGAUGAAGCAAUUAUAUAAUUAUUAUUAUUUUUUUUAAACAAUAGAACAAGAUACAAGCUAAUAACUUUUUAUUUGAAAAGCAAGGAAACAUUAAGUUAUUUACAGUUCAACGCCAAUUCUUUAAUAGAAGUUUUUACACAAACUACACGAAAUACACACACAAUAUCCUUCACACACACAGAUAAUUACAUGUAUGGUAAAAAGCAAUUUCUUUCUCUGAUGAAAUAUUUAUUCACAUCUUUUCUUUAAUUUUAUAGCCUGGGAAAUUUUCUUCUGCCUUCCUCUAAGAUACCAUGUUAUUAACUGUGCUACAAAUGAAUUGAGGAAAGAGCAUAAUCUCUAUUUAAAAGCUUGAGUCAAUAAGAAAACGAUAUUGAAUGUUCAACACUUGAAGCAAAUUCACAGCCCUUGCCAGCCAGUCCCCCACUCAUUUAAUUCGAGUAUCAAAAUGAAUGAAUGGAAUAUCGCAUGGCAAAGAAUUGGCUUUGGUCUUCCAUGGGGAUGAAACAUAUCUGAAUCCAGAGGAUUUCUCCACUAGGAAUAUAUUUAUUAGGUAUGCCUUUUAAAUAGACAUAAACAUAUUUGGGAUGGAAAAAUAACAAAGCAUUGAGAUUAUAUUUAUUGGUUCAAUACGUAUUCGGGAACGUCUCUAUUUUUCGAAUAGUCUUUGUUUGUAUGCUACAGAAAGAUAAUUGGUAGAAAGAAAUAUGAACUAAGAACUUCUAAAGGCACAAAUCUCUCUUUGUGAAACUCAAGAGCUAUAGGACAGUUUGGGGUUCCUUGAUCUUGUGUAGAGAUAAAAAGCCUAUAUAAAGGAAGAAAUAUAAUACAAUUUUUAAAAGUUCGAAUUAUUAAAACAUGUUUUUUUGGUAUUUCAUGGAAAAAAUUCCUCAAACUGUUUUUAUAGAUUCAAUAUUAUUCCCAGAAUUUUUCUAUAUAAUAUGAUAUAAAAAUUAAAAAAAAUUAAAUACUUUCAAGAGCUAAAUAACUUUAGGAGAUCCCUUUGAGAAGUUUUUUAAAUAGAAUCUUCUUUGAUAUAUAUAGUGGAAAGAUGCUAUAUCGAAGUCUUCUAUAUUGAUUAGGAGACCAUUUUGAGAAGUUUCUUAAAUAAAAUCUUCUUUGAGGUAUCAAUUUUUUAGGCCUUUUGCAUAUUCAUAUAUUGUGGAAAGAUGCUAUAUCGAAGUCUUCUAUAUUGAUUAGGAGACCAUUUUGAGAAGUUUCUUAAAUAUAAUCUUCUUUGAGGUAUCCUUUUUAGGCCCUUUGCAUACCCAUAGAGGGUUUAUAUAGUGGAAAAAUCUUUCCUUAGGUUUUCUACAAAUUUAGAUUUGGUCUCCACAGAUCUUGAAAUAUGUUAAAAUUAAAUGUUGAGGAAUUUUUAUAGCUCUUAGAGGACCAAUUUUUCAGAAUAUUACACAGAUUGGAAAUCUGUUAAAAGUCCUUUAUAGUAUGAAUAAAUAUCUAUCCCUCUUAGCUUUCCCUGUAUACUUUUCGAGCCCUAAAUAUUCGAUUUUAUUAUUGAAACAAUAAUAUAAUAUAACAUCUUGUGAACAAUUUUCAUAGCUAUUAGAGUACAAAUAUUUCAGCAUAUUAUACAGAUUGAAAAUCUGCUAAAAGUUCUUUAUAGUAUAAAUAUCUAUCCCCUUUAGCUUUCCCUUUAUACUUUUCGAACUCCAAAUAUUCGAUUUUAUUAUUGAAACAAUAAUAUAAUAUAACAUCUUGUGAACAAUGCGAAUCAAUUUGGAAAUUGUAUAGUUUUGCCUCUUUAGAAAAUCGUUUAGAAAAGUGGGUAAUUGUGAAAGAAAUACACACAUAUUUUUCGAACCUUUUGAUACGGCUAUAGGUGACGGAUGACCUGUUAGUUAAACCACAUUUUGAGUUCUAAUUUGGAUUGUAGUUCGUUUCUUGUUUCAAUUUUGUAUGCGCAAUCUUAGAGGUUUGGUAAAGCUGUUGGUGAUAACCACCAAAACAAAACUAAAAAAUUAUAAACAUAUAUUUCUUCAUGAAGAAAUAAUUGCUUGAAAAGUUUCAAAUUUGUUGAAAAUUUAUUGAAAGAAAAUACAAAAUCAUAUUUGUAUAACAUUUCAUUAUGAAUAAUAUUUUCCCUGGUUUUAUAUCGUAUUGUACUUAAAAUGCAAAGUAUCUUUCUAACAGAUUUCUAUUCAAAUUUCACCCCAAUCAUGUUUCCUUAGACUUCUAGAUGCUAUUCACUGGUAUUAAAACACUCUUUGUAUUACACACACACACAAGUAUAAUGUUUUUCUUAUUUAAAUUAGUUAUAUAGGUUCAUCCAACCAUCCAUCCCACCACCCCACACUGCUCCCACUCCUAAUAUGAAAACGACUUCAUCAUUUGUGUCAUCUUUUAUAACUACUUUAAUUUAAAAAUUAAAAUCUAUAAAAGAUGAAAAAAAAAUAAACUAGUUGAGGUUUUUUAUUUUAAAUUUAACUUAGCUAAAUUUUCUAAUCAUAUACCCACAUAUAUAUAUCAUACACAUACACGCAAAUACGCCUACGAAACUUAACAAGUGUCCUAACAACCUCUCCAUCAUUUAAACUCCUUCAUUUCCAAUCACGCCUUUUUUAAUUUAUAAACACACAAACAAAAUACACAACGACAAUUAUAUUAAUUUUACUAGAACACCUUUAUGUAAUUUAAUUUGUAAUGUAUUUAAUUUGUGUAUACAAAAAACCCAGCAACAAACAACAACAACCACAACAUUAACACUUUGUUUGUUAAGUAUUUCAAAGAAAACCCUUGAGCUUUGUAUGUUUUUACUUUUUGAAACUAAAGAAACAAAACUAAAACUAAUCCCCCACAUAACCAAACAAUUCUACUUAAAACUAAUAAUUAAUUUUUGUGCCUCCCCCUUCCCCUUUGCCCGUUUCCCUUUUCAAACACACAUAAUGUUAAUAUACACCCUAAAAAAAUAACAGAAAACAAUUUUUUUAAAUUGUGCUAAAUUGUUGAAAAACAAAAUCCCCGUCCCCCCUCAAAACAAACUAAUAACACAAAUGCAGUACGAAAGAAAUAUAAAACAAAUGUUUGUAUUAUUAUAUUAU